CUGCUUUCCCUCCCCGUGUCUGCACUGCCCCAUCAUGCUUGGAGACCACAGCAGUCUCCCCACAGACCGAGCUCUGCUCAGCCAGCCCCCCAAAACUGGACUCAGCUGCAAAAUGGUGCUUCAGGCAGUCGGCAAAGUGCUCAGGAAGUCUAAAGCAAAGCCCAAUGGAAAGAAACCUGCCGCGGAGGAGAAGAAGAUGUAUCUGGAGCCAGAGUACGCCAAGUCCAGAAUCACUGACGUUGGGUUCAAGGAGCUGGUGGUGCUGCCCCGGGAGAUCGACCUCAACGAGUGGCUGGCCAGCAACACCACCACGUUUUUCCACCACGUCAACCUGCAGUACAGCACCAUCUCUGAGUUUUGCACAGGAGAGGCAUGCCAGACGAUGGCCGUGUGCAACACACAGUACUACUGGUACGAUGAGCGGGGGAAGAAGGUCAAGUGCACCGCUCCCCAGUACGUCGACUUUGUCAUGAGCUCUGUGCAGAAGCUGGUGACUGAUGAGGACGUGUUCCCCACGAAAUACGGCAGGGAAUUCCCCAGCUCCUUCGAGUCCCUGGUGAAGAAGAUCUGCAAGUACCUGUUCCACGUGCUGGCGCACAUCUACUGGUCCCACUUCAAGGAGACCCUGGCCCUUGAGCUGCACGGACACUUGAACACACUCUACGUCCACUUCAUCCUCUUUGCCAGGGAGUUCAACCUGCUCGACCCCAAAGACACCGCCGUCAUGGACGACCUCACGGAGGUGCUGUGCAGUGGCGGCGGCGGCGGCGGCGGGGGCCGCGGCGGGGGCGGGGCCGGCGGCGGGGGCGGGGCCAGCGGCGGGGGCGCGGGGGCACAGAACCACGUGAAGGAGAGGUGAGCCCCCGGCCGGACAGGCGUGCACGUGUGCAGAGAGACGGUGGUCCGUGUGCCUGCGUGUGCGCGCACACGUCCCGGGCGCGCUCGGCGGGAGGUCUGAGAGGCUGACGCCGCCCCCCCCUGCCCGGCCCCGGGUGCGCCGACGAGCGCGGGCUCCCCGGACGCCGGCAGGCCGCGCGUCGGACUGGCCCCCGCCGGGGCUGUCCUGUUGGAUGGAUGAGUGCCGCUUGUCAAGAAGGACCCUCGGAUUUCACUCGUUCGCUCGACAGCGUUCAUGGGACUGCCGGUCUGAGUUUCCUUCUCCUGUGGGGCUUUCCUUUCCUUGGUCUUCCGUGUGGCGCCUGCCCCCGCCUCCCCUGAGGGCUCUGCUGUUUUGAGAGAAACACACCAGUGAGAGCCGGGGCUCCUUCCCAGGAGGGACUCUGGCUCGCUUUGGUUUGGCAUCAGGGUGGGGUUAUUCUAGAGAUUCCGCCCCAUCCCCCCCCCCCCCCCAGACCUCCCUCUUCCUGGCCUUGCUUGGAUCUUGGCUGUUGGCGGCUCAGAGCAGGUGGGGUAGGGUGGGCGUGGCCGGGGGUGCCCCACAGGGGCCCUGACCCUGUGGCCACGGUCCCCCUCUCUCCUGCCCCUGCUGCCCAGGAGGGCCCCUGGACUAGCUGGGCCUAGGACCGAGGUGCCUGGGCGGACGGACGGCCUGUGUGGAGAAGCGGCUGUUGGCGGAAGGCUGGGUGUCCCUGCUCCGCUCACCUGUCGGUCGUAAUAAAAAGAAUUCUCUCAGGUCA